CAUUUGGUGCAUGCGAAAGGUAUGAGCAACUAUUGAAUCGUGAUGUCUUCAYACUCGUGGACGGCGUUUGCGUUCAUUGUCUUCAGUUGUUUUUCUUUCGUCCUUUCUGAAACGAAGCUUCGUUUUAUCUCAAUUCCUGUUGCAAAGCAGAAAAUAUCGAUAUCAUCCAACUUAACGAUCAAUUGCUCAACAAAUGAUGCCAAUGCUACAACAGCGGUUUACUAYAAGCGAAAACCCGCCCAGAAGAUCUGGAUAUUACUCAAACCUGGUGUUGAUCAAAUUGUUMAAGCGAAACAGCAAGUUUACACUCUGAUAAAUGCAGAACGUAAACACAGGGGUCAGUACCAAUGUCGUUCCUGGAAAGGGAAGAAUGGUGCUGUUAUUUCCUGGCCACCUCAUGUUGGAAAAGUCAUAGUUACUAAAGAUAAAGGCAAAUCAGAGCAAGGCAAAAUCUCUGGUUCAAAGAAACCAGUUGUGGUGAAAAGUAAACUAAAGCGACCUUCAAAGAAAAAUGRAAAGAAGAAAAGGCGGCCACACAAGAAGACAGGUAACAAAAGACACAGAAAGAAGAGACCUGGRAAGAMAAARAAAGGGAAGAAACGCAAAGGAGGCAAAAACAGUAAAAAAGGUGGCAAAAAGUCAGGAAAGAAGAAGACACCAUCAAAGAAUAAAAAGGGAAAAGUAGAUCMCAAGAAAAAGAUUCUGAAAUACAGCAUUACACUUAAGACACCAAAGAAACAAAUCAAUGCCAUUGUAGGGAGGACUUUGUACAUCAAGUGUGUUGCAAAGUUUUAUCCACCAAAACCUCAGCCAAUCUUUACGAUCAUGUGGUACAAGGAUGACAAGCUGAUUGGACAACCUUUUCCAUCCCACUUGACCAUUACCAGCAAGACCAAGUCACAGAAACGAAAGGUGAUAUCUCUUCUGAAGCUGAAAACAUUUCAAGCAGCUGAUAAAGGCAAAUACGUUUGUAAAGCGAUGUACCCAAAUGGACACGUGGCGAAUUCACUUACGGUCCAAGUCACUUCUAAGUCUUGAACACCCAUCYACUUACCUAAGAUACAGUGUAGGUAGUAUAUACUUUAUCAAGAGAAAACAUUUCUAAUUAAUUUUCCUUUUUUAGAGUUUUUCUUGACACAACAUAGCUCAGUAGAAGAGGAGUUCUUAUAGUCCUUUUCUUAUCUUGAUUUUCAUAUUUUUCUUCUAUCUUUUUUUUCCAUAUAAUUUCUGGUCUACUGCUGUUUUCAAGAGUUUGAUAUAACUCCAAAAGAAAGGGGUAAAAAAAUGGUUCCAGUUAACUCCUGUUUCAGUGGAGUUURACUCCAACUGGAUAUGAGGGAAAAUCGAGGGCGAGAAAGUUUGACUCCAAUUUUAAGAGCAAUGUUGAACCUCUUUUGGAGUAAUUUUCUCUCUUUCUCCGAGUUGAUUGAAACCUCUGGAGUAAAAAGUACUCGUAUUGUAGAGUAGAUUUAACGUUUUCUAAACUUACUCCACCAGGUAAAGUAACUUUAACUCCAUUGGUGGAGUUAUUUGAACUACUUGAAAAUAACAGUGUUUUCCACUUCCUCUACUACACGYUUUAUUCUUCAUUUUUCUUGCAUGAACAGGCUGAACAGUUUUGAGCAAUUCCAUUAUAUCAUUGCCAUUAUAAAUUACUUCAUGUACAGUUUAUAACUGUACAGAAAUAAUCUAUUUUGAUAUAGAAUUAAAGCAGUUUAUCUUUAUCGUCUAACCUGUGUAAAGGUUACAAUCCAAGGUGAAAUUUUCAGAGAUUUCUGCCUUAACAUAAUGAGCAGAGAGGUCCCUACACCAUAAGAUAGUAAUAAUCACUAAAUAAACAGUUGUAGUAWCAAUCAUUAAUAAAUAGGCAUAGAUUAUAAAUAGG